CCACCUGCCCAACGACGAUAGGUUGUUCCCCGGACGCCUGGAAACCCAGAUGUUCGAGUUCGACGGUGAACGCGAAGCCGAAUGGCAAUAGAAUGGCGGGCCGGGGAUGUGACCUGGUUGACAUAUGACCAGGUAUCACAUUUGGACGCCCUAGGCGAGUACCUUGAUUUGCUGGGACAUACUAAUAUUUCGGAAUUGACAGCUGGAAACGGAGUACCUCCCCAAGACGACCGGCGUCCAUAUAUUGGGCUCGUUUCGCUAGGCGGGAGGGAUGGAAUAAAUACUCCGUCUGUCUCUCGCAACCCCCAACUCAAGACUCGCCAACUCCCAUCACCCAACCCUCGCGCACCACCCACGUACCUCGAAGCAGACGAGUGCUGUCUGUUCGCAAUGACCAUUCCCACCGACGACCAACAGCUACUAUACUUCUCGGCCUACGGGCGUGAAGUGCUCGUCGGGAACCCCGAAAACGAGGACGAUUCUCACCUCGUCACCCGUGAUCAACUCAAGCUCUUCGUCGCCUAUUCGCAUGCCCUUCGCAACAAAUCCGCUGACGCGCGACCUCCUAGCCCGCUUGGCUACGAGUUCUUUGCUCACGCGUUCAACAGCGAGGGCUUAACCUCCACCGCCUCCUAUCUUGACGAGCUAGGUGCUGUAGUCAGCACUGGCUCGUCCAUGGAGCUAACGGACAUCAUUGACGACGAUGAGGACACGGAGAUCACUCUCUCCUCCACCCGCAUGGAGCAAGUGGAGAAAAUGGUGUGGCACACGGCGCUGAGCGCCUCCCACCAACGCGAGAAAAUGGACGCGAGACGCGCAGGACAGAGGAAGACGAAGAACUAUGGGCGUAAGCAGGAACAGAAGCUCACCAAGAAAGGAUUAGGGAAGAUCAGGAAGGCUUCUGACCUCCCGUCCGCGCAGUCUUCAGCGGGACCGUCCAACCUGUCUCCAGUCGCUGAGGAGAGCAUGAACACAGCCGCUUGACGUGGCUAGAACAGGAGUCGAGGGAGACGGAGGUCUCCCUGGAGGGAGGGAUGUAACAGUGGCAAUGCACCACAUCGCCC